AUGAUCAAAAUUCUAAAAUUUUAUUAAACUCUUGCAAUUCUACUUUAAUUAUCAUUUUCAACGAAUUCUUCAAACAUUAUUGUUAGUUUAAACUAGUUUUUUGCUUUCACAACUAUAAGCAUUAUUAUAUUUUAAUUGUAUUAAUAAUACAAUAUACUUAAUAUUCAUUAAAUUUUAGCUAAUAAUUAAUAAUUCUCAGAUUAGUAAGGAAUGUAUAAAUUAAAGAAAAGAAGUUUUUAUUAUUUUAUUAAAAUCUUAAUACUAAAAAUUAAUAUGGAUUUUAUUAUUAAUUUUUUGGAUCAAUAGGUAAAAUUCUUUAUAUUUUUUAAAUGGUUAAUUAUUAUAAUACUCCUAUUGUCUAAACAACUUUAUGUUUUGGAUCUAGUUCAUUAGGAGUAGUUUUUUUACUUUAUUAAAAUCCAUAUGAAAAAAAAAAAAAUUUUUUAUUUGAAUAUGAUUUCAAAUCUUAGUAUAAGUUCAAUUUUUUUUAUAGUAAUUGUAUUUGCAAUUAAUGAUCAAAAAAACAUUAAAUUUAUAGAUAAGAACAAAGAUGUUUUUGGUUGGUUAAUAAUAUCCUUGGUCUUACUAGCAAUUUUUGUUGAAUUAUGCUCUUUAACAAUUGAAUUGAUUCUUCACUUUUAUUUUAUAUUCAAAAAGAUCAAAAAAAAAUUUUUAAAAUAUUUUAUUAAAACUAAUACAAUUAACUAAUCGCAGAAAAAUGAAACUAUUCAAAAAACUGUUAAUUGUUCAAAUAUUAAAAAAUAUUAAUCAUAUUUUUAAAUAGUUUUAUUUUGA